UUAUACCUAACCUUGAAAAUAAAGCAUAAGUUGAAGAAGAGUUGACGUUAACGUUUAUAAUAGUUUGAUACUCAAUCUCAAGAUAAAAUUGGAAUUUUAUUAAUUUUGAGUUAUUUAUUCUAGUUGUAGCUGAAUUUAAUCCUUAUACAAAAUGUCAAAUCCUUCGCUCGAAGAGAAAAAUAAAAAAAUUCGCGAACGUAUGCUCAAUCUAACAGAAAUUCGUAUUGGUCUUUUUCCUCAUGACUCACCGUGGCUUAAGCCAGUGCGACUGAACUAUAUUCAGGAUGGAAAAGCAAAAACAUGGGAUCUUAUGAAAGCACAUGAAAGUGUAAGCAUAAUUGUGUUCAAUAUCAGUAGGAAAAAACUGAUAUUUGUUAGACAAUUUCGACCUGCUUCAUACUAUAGCUGUAUAUCAGAGAAACAGGAGGUGAUUGAUCUUAAAAAAUAUCCUCCCACACUUGGUCUUACAAUUGAACUAUGUGCUGGUAUUGUUGACAAAGAUAAACCAUUAGUAGAAAUAGCUCAAAAUGAGCUUCUGGAAGAAUGUGGAUAUAAAGCACCAAUAUUAUCUUUCCAGAAAAUCAUAACAUAUAGAUUUAUUUCAUCUUCAGCAACAAAACAAACAUUGUUUUAUGUAGAAGUUACGGAUGAAAUGAAUACACAUCCAGGAGGAGGAGCAGAAGAAGAGGGUGAACUUAUUGAAAUAGUGGAAAUGAGUAUUGAUGAAGUAAAAGAAUAUGUGAAUUCUGAAGAAGUGCAAAGUCCCCCAUGUUUUUUAAAUGGUAUUGCUUGGUUUCUAGCAAACAAGAAAGACCGUUAUGAAUGAAAGUCAGGAAUAAGCAAUUUUAAUGACAUUGAAAUAAUCUAUUAAAUUUACACAAUGUUAAUUUAAAUUAAAAUUGCUUCAUGUGAAUUGAGCAGCUACUAUUAAUACGUUAAAGUAGCAUAUUUGUACCAAUAAAUUUCAAAUUAAAGUAAUUAUUAAUUUUUAAGUAAUUUAAGAUAUUGUCCUGAAAUAGUUACUUGCGAAUUUUUAGUUGUAAUGAAGCAUCCUGCUUAAUUUUAUUCAGUAUUGGGUAUUUUAUUCCAUAUAAAAACUUAUUUAUUUAAAACAUGAAGAGAACAAAUUAUCAAUCUCUGAUCAAUUGGCUUCCACAAUAAGAUUAGUAAGAAUGUAUUUAGCUAUAUUAUUGUAUAAUAUAAUGUACGGUAUAUUUUAACAAUCAAAAGUGGUAUAUUUUUUAUAUUUUUGUUCAUAGGUGAUAAAAUUAAAGAAAUGUUGUGCAAUUAAAAUUAAACAUUAAAAUAAGGUAACUCAAUUGAUACAUAAGAUUAAUAAAUAAAUCCAUCUUCAUUCCUUUCGAGAUAAAUUAAAAUUGUAUGUUUAUUGAAAAUUGGAAUCUUACAUAUAUCUUGGAAAUUGAAAUCACACUUCACAUUAUUGAUCAAAUAAAAAACAUCAUUUAUUGAGUAAAUUUUUUAAAUUAUAAAGUAGGAAAAUGACAAAAAUGACAAAUGAAAUUUUAUGAACUAAAUUCGAAAUAAGAACAAAUUCCUAUUGCUCAAGUAACACUUUUUAAGCACACGUGUACUUAUUAAACAGUUCAACUAAAUAUUAAUUCGUAAACUAUUCAACAUUAGAUCGAAUUUAUUUACAAAUAGAGUAUAUGUACAUUGAACAGCCUUCUUGGCAGAUUUGUGA